AUGUGGCGCGUGGCCUCAGUGAGGUAUAGGUUGAAACAUAAGAGGGUGAAUAUUCGAGCUAUAAAGCAUUGGUGCAGGCAGAUUUUGCAAGGCCUUCUCUAUCUCCAUAGCCAUGAUCCGCCUGUGAUCCACAGAGACCUCAAGUGCGACAACAUCUUCAUCAACGGGAACCAAGGCGAGGUCAAGAUUGGCGACCUUGGCCUUGCUGCAAUCCUAAGUAAAUCGCACGCUGCUCGUUGUGUGGGGACACCGGAAUUCAUGGCUCCGGAGGUGUAUGAGGAGGAAUACAACGAAUUAGUUGACAUUUACUCGUUUGGAAUGUGCAUUCUGGAAAUGGUGACAUUCGAGUAUCCAUAUAGUGAGUGUACUCACCGGGCUCAAAUUUAUAAGAAAGUGGUCUCUGGGAAGAAACCUGAUGCUCUGUACAAGGUAAAGGAUGCUGAGGUUCGUAGAUUUGUUGAGAAAUGCCUAGCAACGGUCUUUGACAGGUUGUCUGCGUGGGAGCUUCUCAACGAUAGCGAGUACGAUGAAUUAGGCCUGAUUUUGAGCCAGCAGCAUCAGUUGAGUGCUCAUCACAGCACCAGCAGCUCUUUAGUCAAUGGAUACAACAACUUUCUUGGCUAUGAACCAGAGAAUGACCUAGACUGCAACUCGGUGGAGUAUGAGGGCAACGAGAUUGAUCUGUUCACCAGCCAGGAGGAUGGCCAUGUGGGAAACAAAGUAGACGUGAUGAUCAAAGGGAGGAGGACAGAGGACGACAGCAUCUUUCUCCGACUGAGGAUCGCAGACAAAGAAGGGCCCAUUCGCAACAUCUACUUCCCGUUUGACACUGAGACGGACACAGCCCUGUGUGUGGCGACUGAGAUGGUGGCGUAAGAAGUCUUGUAGUCUGUUGCAGCGCAUGUCCUAGCCCGUUGCAAGAAUGAUCACGGCUUGUCAUUCGUCUCCACCAAUGCCUGUGUAAGAAGUCUUGUAGUCUGUUGCAGCGCAUGUCCUA